AUGUCAACGACGUUGACGCUCCAACACUAUUGUCGCGAUUUCCUACCAAAGAGCAAGGACGUGGCGGCGAUGCAACUCAAGUACUUCAUGGCGUUCGUCGAUAGGUUGUUUAAUUGCCGUACCCAUGUGCUGCGAGCCGACGGCGGAGGAGAGUACAAGAUCCUUGAUAAGUUCUGCAAGAGAACUGGGAUUUUGAGGCAAGUGAGAGAGCCGCGCGACCAGGCGGACAACGGCAAGGAAAGCAAAGCCGAUUUCCGAGGAGCUCAAGGCAUUAUAAAAGUGUGGGUGGUGGUGGUACCACCAGUAGGCAGCCAUGUAAAGCUUACUAAAUGGAUUUUCAAAAGGAAGACGGACGCUGACGAAGUCAAAGAGAGGUUCAAGUCGAGGCUGGUCGCGUGCGGUAACGAAAAAGUGUUCGGCUUCGACUUUGGCCUCACCUUCGCGGUGGUAAUGAAACGGAUCACGGUCAGGGUAUUCCUGGUGUUUGCGCUGAGUUGGGGAGUGCCAGCGAGGCACGGAGACGCCCCCAACGCAUACGUGAAGGCGGACACGGAGCAGCACCUGGUGAUCUACCUGGAGACCGCGCAGGGAAUGGAGAUCGGUGGGGACCUGUUGCGUAAGCUAGGCGUUAGCGGCAAGGGCAAGCUGACUCUGCGCCUGAGAAAUCACCGUAUGAUCUGCGUCAAACGAGCAGGCUGUGGAGCAACCUGUUGCACUCCAAGUCAGGCUUCACGCGCUGCCUCACAUACAUGUAUCUAUACUACAAUCCAAUGGGGAGAGAUGAUUCUCGUGAGCGUGUAG